UUUAGCUUAUAUAUAUCUAUAUAGAAACUGUAGUGGGAGAGUCAACUAGUGACUAAAUUAUUAUGGAUAGUAUAUCAGGUCUCACAGUUCUUAAGCCAAUUCAAACGGCCAAAGCAGAUGGCGAAGAAACUAUGGUUAUGGAUGAACCAUUGAGUCCUAUGGGUCGUGUGUUUCAUGAACCAGGGUCCAAUGUUUACAUCAUAACCAUCAUUGGCUGGAAAUCACAAGUCCACCCUGACGUCUUGAGAGCUAACUUGAUGCAUACUCUGCUUAAGCACCCUCGUUUCUCUAGUUUGCAGGUUGGCAACAAAGAAAAUAGCGGAGAAAUUAGAUGGGUUCAUACAGAUGUGGAUGUGGACAACCAUUUCAUAGUCCCAGACCUAGACCAUAACAUGAAAUCACCAGAUAAGUUUGUUGAGGAUUACGUUUCCAACUUGAGUACAACCACCAUUGACAUGUCCAAGCCUAUGUGGGACUUUCAUCACCUCAACGUCAAAACCUCGGACGCUGAAGCCGUUAGCAUCCUUCGAGCCCACCACUCUAUCGGUGACGGCACGUCACUCAUGUCUCUGCUACUUGCUUGUACACGCAAAGUCUCUGAUCCUAAGGCUUUGCCAGACAUUUCCGUAACUAAAAAAUCGAACGCGAUUCACUCCCGUGGAUUUUUCUCGAUUUUUCAAAUGGCCUGGAACACUGUAAUUGAUGUUAUCAUGUUUAUGAUGACUGCAUUGUUUUUGAAGGACACCGAAACACCUCUGAAAGGUUCACUAGGUGUCGAGUUGCGUCCUCGGCGUUUCAUUCAUCGGACAGUUAGCCUUGAUGAUAUCAAAUUGGUGAAAAAUAGCAUGAACACGACGAUUAAUGAUGUAGUGGUUGGAGUCACGCAGGCUGCUUUGUCCCGGUAUCUAAAUAGGAGAUAUGGUGAGAGUAAGAACAACCCCAAAAAGAAAAAUUAUCUUCCAACGAACAUUCGCCUUAGAGCUAUUCUUUUCUUCAACUUAAGACCGCCCGUAGGGAUCCGUGAUUUGGUUGAUCCGAUGGAGAAGGGUAAAGAAGGCAGAUGGGGAAACAAGAUUGGUUAUGUCCUCCUCCCCUUCAAUAUUGCAUUUCAAGAUGUCCCAUUAGACUACGUUCGUGAAGCUAAGUCUCUUAUGGAUCAUAAAAAGGCUUCUCUUGAACCUAAUUUUGCAUAUUUUAUAGCCAAGUUUGUUAGCAAGUUCUUUGGCAUUAAGGCUGCAGGCAUUCUCUCACACAAAGUUUUCUAUGGAGCGACUAUGUGGUUCUCAAAUGUGGCUGGUCCCAAGGAGGAAAUUGCUUUUUGUGGGCAUCCAAUAGCAUACGUUGCCCCUAGUUGUUAUGGUCAACCCAAUGCACUGAUGAUUCACGUGGUGAGUUAUGUUAAUAAAAUGACUUUUGUUUUAUCAGCCGAUGAAACAACCAUUCCAGAUCCACACCAGUUAUGUGAUGAUCUAGAAGAGUCACUCAAGCUCAUCAAGAAUGCUGUCCUGGAAGGUUAAUUGUGUCAUUGAGGAGGACUAGAGUGUAUGCUAUACUGUGUACGUAUGGAUUAUAUGUGGGUAUGUGUGUGUGACUCUGUAUAAUAUUAAUAAAGAGGUUUGAGUGUGCUUAGGGUAGGAGUACGAAUUGGGUUGGAUGAACCCUUCUUUGGGCCUCAUCCACCAUAAUCCUGUAAUUUUAAUUCCUGUAUUAUAUGUUUCUAGUAUGUUUUAAGUAA